CGCCAUUUUGAGCGGCGGUUGGGUGAAGAAUAUUUUAAUGUUUUUAUUUGAGGCGGUGUUGGGGUUUGGGGAGAGCUGGUUGUUUUAGAGCCGGACGGGUGGUCGGCGGGAGGAUCGGACCGGAGAGAAGAGACGAGGGGAGAGGAGCGGGCUGUGUCUGAGAGCCCUGCCCCCCCACCGCCGGGCCCCCGGGGCAUUGUGGGAGCGGCAGUCCCGCCAUCUCGCGGCGGCGGCGGCGGUGGCGGGAGCGGAGCGCGAGGCCCCGUCUCUAUGGGAACGGCCCGAGAGAUUUGAUGGUGGAGCUCACAGCUGUUUGAGAACCUAAUAAAUCUUUUCCACAAUGGCAUCCAUGAAGAUUCAUGGUCAGAUUCGGAUCAACAGCAUCCAGACUGGCACCACCAAGUGGAGGGAAGGCAGUUUUGAAAUUGUUGAGAAAGACAACAAAGCUUCUCUGGUUGUGCUGUUCAAUUCUGGAGGUCCUGCGAAAACGUUCCAGCUGAGCCACAAUGUGAAAGUGGUGAAAAUUAGCCCCUCGAUGAAACAAUAUAGUCGGUUGCUGCUGACGCUGCAGGAUAAAAGCAGUCUGAUCAUUGACAAGGCUCCAAGCACUGAAGCUCUAGUCCUGAAGGAUUACUUGGAGAGCCUAAACCAUGCAGGGAUAAAAUCUCAUCAAGGAUCUGGCAACUUUGGGGGGAAGUUGGGAAACCGGAUUAUGUCAAAGGACUCUCACCAACAGCGACUUAACAUAGAGAACCAGACACCAACCAGACGCGAUGAGACUCCAACCCGUAAAACACUGAACAGCCCGGGCAGAGCCACCCUGCAGCAUGGAGCCAAAACACCACAAUCCAGCAGCUCCCCAGGAAACCGGAUGGGAACAGCACUGACCCCCACCUCUCACACUUUACCCAGGAGUGAAAAGAGAAAAAGGAUGUUGACUCCAGACCUGGAACUAACUGAAGAUUAUCCUAAAGAGAAUGAUUCCUCCAGUAAUAACAAGGUGACCGGUGACCCUUCUCGCAAAUUCCUGAACAGCUGUCGAGAAAAGCAACUCAACCUGAAGCAGGCAGAGGAGAGCAGGAGUUCUGGUACAAUGCCACUGCAGUGCUUUUACGGAAGCAGAGCCUCGUCCAAGGAUUACUCUGCGGGGAAUUCAUUUUUGGACAGAUCCAGCCUGUCAGGCCAGUCUCCCUCAGCUAAAAGGAAUUUGGGAUUUUUACCUCAGCCCUCCCCUCAGUCCGUGAAGAAACUGCGUGCCAAUCAGGAUUACACUGGCUGGAACAGACCCCGGGUGCCUCAUGCCGCACAGCUCCCACAGCAGCUGCAGGGGUUUUCCAACCUUGGCAAUACCUGCUAUAUGAAUGCCAUUCUGCAGUCUUUGUUUUCACUUCAAUCUUUGGCAACUGACCUGCUGAAGCAAGGCAUCCCAUGGAAGAAAAUUCCAGCAAAUGCUUUGCUCAAGCGAUUUGCCCAUCUCCUGAUCAAGAAGGAUAAUUGCAGCCCGGAGGUGAAGAAAGAGCUGCUGAAGAGAGUGAAGAAUGCCAUCUCUACCACUGCUGAAAGAUUCUCUGGAUACGUGCAGAACGAUGCCCAUGAGUUCCUGAGCCAGUGCCUGGACCAAUUGAAGGAAGACAUGGAGAAGUUAAACAAGACGUGGAAAAAUGAGCCGGUGGCAGGCGAGGACUCUCCAGCUGCACGGGGUUGUCAUGAGGCCAUAGCUGCCAGGGUCUUCACCUGCCCUAUUGUCUCCAACGUGGAAUUCGAGGUUCUGCACACCAUCGGUUGUAAAACGUGUUGUGAAAGUGUUACAAAACGAGAACAAUUCAACGAUCUUUCCAUCGAUCUCCCACGGCGUAAGAAACUUCUACCACCAAGGUCUAUCCAGGACUCUCUCGAUCUCUUCUUCAGGGUGUGUAGUUCAUUCUUUACUCUCCACAGUUUUAUAUUCAAUAACUCCAUUGGUGAUCUUAUGGGUUCGGAUGAAGAUUCUGGCAACGAAGAAAUCCUUGACAUGGAUUACAGUGAGGCUGAGGCUGAGGAAUUAAAAAGAAAUGCAGAGACAGGUGAACUUGCACAUUCUUAUCGGCUAAUCAGUGUUGUCAGCCACAUUGGCAGCUCCUCCUCUUCUGGGCACUACAUUAGCGAUGUGUAUGAUAUAAAGAAGCAGACCUGGUUGACAUACAAUGAUCUGGAGGUAUCCAAGACAAUGGAGGGUACUGUGCAGUCGGAUCGAGACAAGAGCGGCUACAUCUUUUUCUAUAUGCACAAAGAGAUACUGGAAGAGUUGGCGGAGGAGGAGGAGAAGUGCUCACAACCAAUGGGUUUGGACUCCAGCAGGCCUGUGUUGCAACCUCUGUGACGAUGCAUGGACUUUAAUGUGGGAGCUAGUUCUGCUAGCAGUAUACUACCAGGGACUGAAUGUCACUUACAACUAGUCCUGGGAUAAAUACCUCCUAAAAUAGUGAUAGAUCUUCGCCAGGCUGCAGUGAUCCUGGGCCUUCACUUGUUUGGUUUUUGAAGCCAGGAAAUGGUGCUGAAGGUCGACACUCCAAGUUGAUAGUGCGAUGAACUCAUUCCUAACAUAGCCAGAUGCCCGAGAAGAUUACAGGAGUCCUGGACAAGUACAGGUGUCAAUCUGUCACUAUUUCCAAAGAUUUUCAAGGAAUUCAAGUUGAAAUUGUAUCACGAGACUGUUUUGAAGUAAGGGUUUGUUUUUUUUUUUAAACAGGAGAAAAAUAUAAUAUAUGAUUCUAAAGUUGCUGUUCUUACCCCGAAGAGGUUUGUGUGUGCCAACUGAAAAGGGAGAGUGGACCCUGACCCAAGUCUCCCUGUGACACUCUCACCUUAGGCUUAAAGAGGGUUAGGUUUGGUUUUUGUUUAGUUAUAAAAUGUGAGUUUUUUUUUUGAUGGUCUCAUGUAAGCAGUUUCUGUGGCAUCACUGUUCCAUCAGAAACCCCCCACAGUAAGCACUACUCGUACUAUUAAGAUCCAUCCCCCCAGCUAGUCUCUCCUGCCUUACUUAUAAAGUGGCCGUGCUUUUCGGAAAGCUCACAGCUCCACAGAGAGCCCUGAGAGAGGUUUCCCUGAGACAAUGGCGAACUCCCUAAUUUCAAGGCUGUGUUAAGUUGUAGCAGUAUCAGUUGCACUGGAAUUGAAUUCUUGGUCCAAACACACACCAGGUCAAGUCCUUACCUGAUCUGAGACUAUUCCUGAGUGAAAAAGCUUUCUUUUUUUAAAAAAAAAAAAGUUGUGUUUUGCGGCUGUUGGGAAGUUGUUUUGGUUGCUGGUAACUUGCUGCCUCACUUUGUCAGGCUGAGAUAAGCCUACAUUUCAGCCUCGCCAUUUCACACUGCACUUUAUUUUCCCCACCCCUCUGCUUCUUGAGGCUCAUGCACUGGAAACAGCUCCCUCCUCCACUGUGCCUCUUCUCCCAAAGCUGCUCUCUAUCCACUUACAACCAGAAACUGGGCCCCUGAAUUUGCUCAGUGAGUGUGAAGGGUGGUCAAAAAUAGCAACAAUUCCCCAUCAGUUAAGGGAUUUUCUCACUGUAGGUCUAAGUUCCUUGAGAUUCUGUCCUUUGCUCCUACCUGGGCGCUGGGCGCAAUGUUUGUACAAUUAAAGCAUCAAAUAAAUUAUUAACUUUUUGGAAAUAAUGCCAUAUCUAUAGCACCUAUGAGAUGUUGCACUGUUGACGCUUUCUGUGGCAGAAGUACCUACCAUCACCACAGUGCUCAGUGAGAGCCUCAGUCUUUGAUUUUUAAACCACCUUGUGCUUUAAGUUCACAGCUGCUAAGAGACUGCUGGCUGUCUUUUUUUGGUAUUAAGGGAGUGGGGGGGGGACAGUUUUUUUGCUGAGUGUAAAUACUGCUAGAUCUGAUCUAAUGGGCAGCUAAGCACACCCAGAGAUGUUGGAUAACAUUGACCCAGACCCUGCCACUGGAGUUCCUAUCAGAGGAACUUCCCUUAUCACUGACAAAUCUCAUCAUUACAGCAGGACCAUGCUGGUGCUUGCUGCUCAUUCUUUUGCACUCGUCAGGUUUUGCAGCCAUAAUUCAGUCUCCAGAAUCUGGCCUGUACUCCAGUGCCCCAGGGCAGUCUUAACUAUAACUAUUACAUACCCAGGUCGCCCUGCAUAAGGGCUCUCUGUUUGAACAGUAACCAGAAAGACCCAACCUUUCAAAUUGCUCUCAGUUUAAAGGAACACGGGCUUGUAAAAAGAACUGUUUUCUACUUCCUUAAUAAUUAAUCUAGAGAAUGACAAAAGGAUGAAGACCUGCCAACUCCAACACCAACUCCCUGGGUGAGCCUUACACCAAGAGCUUUUGUUCAUUUGGGGAUCAGCAAAUUCCGCUGUCCAUUAUUUGGAUGUGCUGGUAGGUGUUUAAGUUCUCUGCCUCAACAUCUUUGCUCAGUCCAUUCCACAAGCAUCAGGAAUGGGGACUACCAGCUGUUGAUGGGGUGUGGUGGUCAGUGUCACACUGUCUCAGCAGGGAAGGAUUCUGAUGGUCAGGCAAUGGCUGUUGCUUGAGGGGUUGUUGGGAGUGUAAUGCAUGCUUGGUCCCUCUAGAACUCCAGUUGUUUUUGAUCUUCUCCAGCUCCAGUCAGCUGAAUGUUCAGUUCCCUUCCACCCCCCCGCCCCCCUCACUGUGAUGCAGCCCUCCACAGUCAUAGAAACACAGUUUGUGGUUAUCAGACAUGAAGAGCUACCAAGUCUCUGGCUUGAAAAUAUUUUAACAAUGUACGUGAUAGACAGCAGAGCCUCCACAGGUUAGUCCUCGCUUCUCCUGCUUCCCUCCCAUCACUUUUGACUUGAGCAUAAGUAACACCCAGUCAGAGAAUUAGAGACCCUGUGCUCCCUAGCAAAUGAAAGGACCUGGUGAUCAGAAAGCAAAUAAAUCCAGGUAUUACCAUGCACCAUUUGUUACUCAGGACCUGGAUUCAUGAGGCUUACUUGUAGUUUUCCUGGCCUGAUCCUUAAAUCCAACACUUUGGAUCUGAGAGAGGGUCCUACUUAACCACAGUAGGCCACUUAGCCUUCCUCACUCUGAAAACUAUUGAGUUUUGAUGCUGAGUCCCAGAUACAGUGGGAUUAAUCACUUGAUAGUGAGAACUGCAAACUGCUGGUUUCUUUUAGUUUCAACACUUUGUGUCAUUUCCUUAGUACUGGUCAGGCUGGUUCAUUACAGGCUUCCCAAUAUUCCUCUACAUUGCAUAACCUUCAUAGGUUCACACUUCUCACCAUCUCUUCCUCCUUGUGCAUGUUUUCCUUGCCCUCUCUACCACCUCGCUCCUCUAUCUCUCUCUCUCUGGCUUGUAGUUUUGAGGCUGAAUAUCGAAGACUACACUCUUCUACAGAGACUGCUAAUCCCAGGGAGAUCCCCUUUGGUUGGUGUCUCUGUCUUCUCGUUCUUUCAGAACUUACACCACAACAAGGGACUGAGGGUUUAGCUGUAUAAUUCCAUCACUCAGUACAGAUUACUCCAUUCCUACCUGUACACAGGUUUCUCUGUUCCCCUUCCUCAGGAGCUGUUUUUUGGGAAGAUGCAUUUGGUGAAUGUUUCUCCUAUUAUCAGAUAUCCGUACCCUUAGAAAUCCUCGAUAAGGAUAUAUACCAUGGGAAAUGGCUUCAUUAGCAAUCACUCAUUUGCUUAUGUGGAUCUCUUAAUUUUAAAAAAAAGACAGGAUUCUCUGAAAUGUUUUUUUUCUUUUAACCUAUUGUGGGUUAUGGUGAAAGGGUGAGUUGGGUGUAGGGGAGGGCUGAAAUAGACACCCCCUCUCCCCUUCCAACUUCAACUAGAUUGCAGCAGGUGUUCUGGAUUUUCUGAGGCAAAGAGAAAGAUUGCAAAGUCCCUGCCUCCUGUAUAGGUAUUUGCCUGCAGGAGCGAUGCCAAAUUGGUUUUUGCGAGGGCUACCUAUUCUCCAGAUUCACAAAUGCAACAAUGUCAAGGCCGACAAUGCAAUCCCAAGCCAAGCACAGACCGGAAGCUAAGUGAGAUGGUGCCCCUCCUUGGAAACAACAGCAUCUGCAGAUUGCCGGGGGCAGUAUGAUGCAGCAUCAGCUGUGGCAUGUUCUAAAUUCAGCGUGAGCUGCCAGCUGUUUGGAUUUUCGAAGUUUGUGAUGAGCUUGUUUGCUGACUGUGUUUAUUUUGUUUGAUUCUGGCCUGCUCUGUGGCUGGACCAAUCCAGUAUGACUGCUCGUAUUUAUAUAAUAUAUCCAGAUAUUUAUGUACAUGAAUGAAAUUAAUUUCAUGCCUGAGAAAAGUAUAAUUCUCACAAAGGAUAGACAUUUUUUGACGAAAGGGCUCUGUCUACAAAACCUGCCCCAACCUUAUUUGUUAGGUACGUUUGAUUUCCUUUGCUCAGAAUCUAUGGCAUUUUUCCUUCACGUGUGACUGAGAGCAGCAUCCCUGUGUUUUGAAGUGUUUUUUCUGUGUUUUAGCAGAUCGGUUUUGCCUGUGAUGAUUGCUGCUGUCCCUGUGAUUUUUUUUUUUUUAAAACACAGCUCGCGCAGAGAUUGUGACAAUAAAAGAUGAUUCUGUUCAAAAAAAAAA